GUCACUGAGUAGGUGUUGUCUUCCUCCUGCAAGAAAACAGCCUGUUUCUUCGGAAGGAAAAAUACUUGAGAUUUUUUGGUCGUAUAAACAACUGUGUAAUUGGUUUCUUUUCUCGUGUAUCUUGUGUCACCAUGGGUAGCUGCUUAACCGUGGGUCCAAAUGAAGCUUUAGUGGUAUCUGGUGCAUGUUGUAAUGCAGAUCACAAGACGUAUGUAGUAGGAGGCUGGGCUUGGGCAUGGUGUUGCAUCACGGACACCCAAAGGAUAACCCUGGAGAUCAUGACUCUGCAGCCAAGAUGUGAGGAUGUAGAAACGGCUGAGGGUGUGGCCAUUACUGUCACAGGGGUAGCACAGGUGAAAGUCAUGACUGAUCCAGACUUGCUGGCAAUUGCUUGUGAGCAGUUUUUGGGUAAAUCAGUACUGGAGAUCAAAGGAGUGGUGCUACAGACACUGGAGGGACAUCUGCGAUCCAUAUUGGGUACCUUGACAGUAGAGCAGAUUUAUCAGGACAGGGACCAGUUUGCUAAACUGGUAAGGGAGGUUGCUGCUCCUGACGUGGGCAGGAUGGGCAUUGAGAUUCUCAGCUUUACCAUCAAGGAUGUGUAUGACAAAUUGGAUUAUCUCAGUUCUCUCGGGAAGACUCAGACUGCAGCUGUCAGGAGAGAUGCAGACAUUGGCGUGGCUGAAGCAGAGCGGGAUGCUGGGAUACAGGAGGCAGAAUGCAAAAAGGAGAUGAUGGAUGUGAAAUUCCUGGCUGACACCAAGAUGGCUGACUCCAAGCGAGAACUGGAACUGCGGAAGGCUGAUUUCAACCAGGAAGUCAACACCAAGAGAGCAGAAGCUGAGCUGGCAUAUCAGCUACAAGCGUCUAAGGAGCAGCAAAAGAUCCGUCUGGAAGAGAUUGAGAUCCAAGUGGUGCAACGGAAGAAACAGAUAACCAUUGAAGAGAAGGAGAUUGACAGAACUGAGAAGGAGCUUAUUGCCACUGUCAAGAGACCUGCUGAAGCUGAGGCCUUCAAAAUACAACAGUUGGCUGAGGGUCAGAAGUUGAAGAAGGUGCUGAUAGCACAGGCUGAGGCCGAGAAGAUCAAAAGGAUUGGUGAAGCUCAGGCUUCCUGUAUUGAACUUGUGGGUAAGGCAGAAGCUGAAAAGAUGAGACUGAAGGCUGAUGCUUACCUGGAGUAUGGAGAGGCAGCCAAAACUGCCCUGGUCCUGGAGGCCCUACCCAAGAUUGCUUCCAAGGUGGCAGCACCAUUAGCCAAAACCAAUGAGAUUGUCAUACUUGGUGGGGAAGGCAGUCGUUUAACAGGAGAGGUCAACCGCCUUUUGGCUGAACUUCCUGUAUCUGUCAAUGCUCUGACUGGAGUGGAUUUGUCAAAGAUCCCUCUUCUGCAGAAGGUGGCCAGUACUUAAAUCAGCCGACUCCACGUGAAUACAGUAUCUGUUGUAUGCACUCAUAGACUGCCUUUAAUACACUUGAAGAGUUUAGUUGUUUUAUACGCAUAUACUGUAUACUAAGUGAAUUUUGGAAACCUCUGGUGCCUUAGUUUAUAUAGGACCAGAAUAUCUGCAUGCACUGCUGCUCGUUUGGCAUCUUUUUGGUUUUUGUGUGUGUGUGUGUGUGUGUGUGUGUGUGUGUGUGUGUGUGUGUGUGUGUGUGUGUGUGUGUGUGUGUGUGUGUGUGUGUGUGUGUGUGUGUGUGUGUGUGUGUGUGUGUGUGUGUGUGUGUGUGUGUGUGUGUGUGUGUGUGUGUGUGUGUGUGUGUGUGUGUGUGUGUGUGUGUGUGUCCACCAUAUAAUAGAACUGAAGUGAGGCCCGCUGUACCGGCCCUCAGUCAGUGUUUUGCGUUACAGUGCAUUGAAAAGGUUUUCACAUUUAUGCUGCCUUAUGUUAAAACUAAUUCUUGUACCUAUCAAA